AAUAAAAGAGAAACACUUGAAUAAACAACUACUAGCUUGGGAUCAAGAGAAAACAGGCAUUCGCAAGCUUGAACAAGACGGGCGAUUUGAUUUAGCUGUCAUCAAAAUUGAUCGAUUUUUGUUAUCUGUAAAGGAAGAAAAGCUAAAGUCAAGUAUUAUGGUAAAGAAGGCAGAAAUUUUGUGGAAAAGGUGGAAAGAGCUUUGUAACGAUAAAAAAGAUAAAGAUGUAAAAGAAGCCAAGUUUUUCUUCUUACAAUUUUGAUGUUGAUCGAUAAUAAAGAAUUCCUUGUGAAGAAAGACAAAGAUAAUUUGGCAAGAUAUCUGUAUGGUAUAGGUUUUAGCGAGAUUGUGAUAAAAAAUCAUUUGUCCGAAAGGUCUUUCGACUUUGAGGACAAAUAUAGUUUGAAUACACCAAGUCCACGUUUUCAGCUUCUUUACCUUGGCGAGAGGUUAAGAAGAGAAACACGUACGGAUCCUGACAACAGAGUGAAUCACUUCAUUCCUGAAACAUGGCAGCGAGAUCUGCUAGAUGCAAUUGAUAAAAAACAAUCUGCAUUAAUUGUAGCUCCAACGUCUUCAGGAAAGACGUUUGUCUCUUAUUACUGCAUGGAAAAAGUGCUCAGAGAAGACAAUGAAGGUGUUGUUGUAUAUGUUUCUCCUACAAAAGCUUUAGUUAAUCAAGUUGCUGCUACAUGUGCUGCAAGAUACAAGAAAGAUAUGCCUCCUGGGAAAAGUGUGUAUGGUGUGUUCACUCGUGACUAUCGAUUUAAUGCUCUUAAAUGUCAAAUAUUGAUCACUGUUCCUCAAUGCCUUGAGAUUCUUCUUUUGUCUCCUGACAGACAAGAUUGGGUUGACAAGAUUAGAUAUGUUGUGUUUGAUGAAGCUCAUUGCAUUGGACUAGAGAAUAAUGCUGAAGUGUGGGAACAUCUCUUUCUUUUGAUACGUUGUCCAUUUUUAGCGUUGUCAGCAACUAUUCACAACCCUCGUGACCUGCACUCCUGGCUGCAAAACGUUGAGCAGGACAAGUUUCAACGUGAUAGGUCGAACAAUACUCUUCGAAAGAAUUUUCCAUUUUCUUAUAACGUUGCCUUGGUUACCCACAACGAAAGAUACAACGAUCUUGAAAAGUUCAUCUAUGUACCACGCUUGAAUGACGAGACGGAGCCAAAGUUAGAACACGUUCAUCCUUGUUCUGCGUUAAAUACUCGUCAAUUGAAAAAAGAUUCCCAAUUUCCUACCCAUGUCACUUUAUCACCAAGAGAGACAAUGGCGUUCUAUGAUGCCGUACAGGAAGUGUUUCCUGAAGAUGAUUUAGUGAGAAAGUUGUCUCCAGAAUCGUAUUUUGAAAAUGAGACAUUUAUCUCCAAAGAAAGUGUUAGAAGGUAUGAAAAUGAUGUAAAAAGUAAAUUUAUGGAGUUUAUAAAGAAAAAUGAUGAAAGAGGGGAAGAAGUGAUCAAUAAACUUCUACCGGAAACUUCGUUAGAUGUUUCAAUUCAAGAUGAGAAAUACAGGCUUGUGGAUCACAUUUUUGAUUUGGUCGAAAAGCUAAAAAAUGAAAAUCUGUUACCUGUCAUAUUCUUCAGUUUUGAUCGUAAAUUGUGCGAGACUUUUGCCAAAAAAAUCGUUAGUUGUCUUCAAAAAAGAGAGAAUCAACAUGGUGGCGAUCAUGAUGGAAGGAAAACGGAAAAAAUGGAACGGAAAAUACAAAAAGCAGAAAAACGACAACGCGAUGAAGAUGUGGCUGGUGAGGUUUUACGAAAAACCAAUUCAGCUGGGCAGAAAUGUUCAUCGCAUCAAAGAAAUAAAACCUCGGCCGAUGCAACUUGUUUUUUAGUUGACAAUCCUCCACCAGAAAACUGUAGCUACGCUGGAAAAGGUGUUCUCGAUGCUCAUGAAGCUAAUCUUAUUGUCCAAAGACUAGUGAAACGGGGAGAAACAAGCAGUGAACGGGAAGAAUUUUUCCAAGAAUGUCUUAGACGGGGAGUUGGGUAUCAUCAUGCAGGAAUGAACAACAAAGAACGAAGUGCCGUUGAAAUGUUAUUUCGAAAGAAAUUUGUAAAUGUUGUGUUUGCUACAGGGACUCUAGCUUUAGGCAUUCAUAUGCCAUGCAAAACAGUUGUGUUUGCACAUGAUUCAGUUUUUUUGAAUACUCUUCAAUAUCACCAAAUUUCUGGUAGGGCAGGAAGACGAGGAUUUGAUAUGAUUGGAAAUGUCAUUUUCUUUGGUAUCCCUCAAGCCAAAAUCAAUCGACUUAUGACCGUAAGCCUGCCUCGUAUCAUUGGAAAUUUUCCGUUAAAUGAGUCUUUAGUGCUUCGCUUACUUCUUAUUGUCAAUAAAGGAAAGGAUCGUGAAGUUGCAUUAAAUCAAGCUUUGACACUAUUGCACAAUCCAUUAAUCUGCAAAAAUCAACCGGAACUUGAUCUACAGUUAAAACAUCAUUUCCUGUUCUGCGUCGAGCAUUUAGUUCGGCAGGGUCUUCUUGAUCUAAAAGGAUGUCCUCAAGGCUUGGCAGGUCUGGCGAUUCAUCUUCAUUAUCAUGAGCCGUCUAAUUUUGUUCUGUUGUCAUUCUUACGCAGUAAAGUUCUUCAUAACUUUUGUAGAAAUAAAAAUGCGCGCAAGAGAGAUGGCAAAUUUUCCAAAGAUUUCAUGAAGUCUCUCGUAAUUGUGUUGAGUCAUUUGUUUGCUCGUCGUAGACUGCAUGAAUUCUUAAUGCAACGUCCACGAAGUACAUCAAAAAUUCGUCUAGAAAAACUACCAUCUGAAUUCGAAGCUGAACUCGACAAGUACAAUAGUAAUGUUCACGAAGUUUUUGAUCUAUAUAUUCGAACUGUUUCUGGACACGUCAAUGAUACUUCGGGAGAAGAUAUUACUCUUCCGUUGUCUUCAGUUAAACUUAUUUCAGCAGAAAACUACAAAAUGAAUUUACCACCAAUAAGUUUGGAGAACAAACUACAAUCGUUAUCAGUACCAUAUAAGAUGUGUUCAUCUUUUGCUGCUCUAUCUGGGAAUACAGAUGAUCGUCUAUACAGUUCAAACGAUCGUGUUCCAAACAUCCGUUAUCAGGUUUAUACCGAUGUUAAAGUUGUUCCUGUUUUUCCAACUGAUAUAAAUCUUAAUGGUUAUGUGUACGAUUUCUUUAACCAUGGAAAUUACAAAGCAAUUAUAAGUGAAAAUGGCUUGAUGCAUGGAGAAGCAUAUCAACUUCUGAAAGAUUUUAUGUUGGUAUUGAAAUCGAUAUCAGUCUCUCUGGAAGAAUGGGCUCCAGAAAAUGAUAUUGUACGGAAAGCGUUUGUACAGCUCGCACAAGACUUCUCAUCAACUUUUAAAAAAGCUUUUGAUUGAAUAUACUCCUUACAUACUUGCUUUUUAACGUCAAAAAUAUUUCCUGUUUGUAAGAGAUUAUAAUUAUCCAUUGAAGAUGGAAGAGAUAGCACUUAGCAGUGAUAACUAUAGAGAGUAUUUUGUUGUGAACAUUUCAAUAUAAAUGCAAACUGUUCUCAUGAAAUACUUCAA